AUGCCCGCCUUCCAAACGUGCUUCAACGAGUUCCCCAUCUGUCGCCUUAACAGCACUGACACGUGUGCGCCUGGCGUGUGCCUCGAGGGCUAUGAUGCCUCCUCCUUCUGCCUCUGCCCGCCCUCCUUCUUCCCCCUCGACUACUCUAACCCCCUCAAGCAACCCUGUAACCAAGUGAGUGAGUCUGCUACUCGAGUGCCAUUCUUCCCAGCGCCCCCCGGCCUCACAUGCCCUCUGCUGCUCGACAUCUUUGACCUCUCACCUCAAGAGCUGCUGGAGAGCAACAAGGGCAUGGCAUGUGACAAGCCCAUACCUCGUGGCUUGAUAGUCAACGUGUCGGCAUCUGCCAACAAGACCUGCACCAGCAUGUAUACCGCCAACCAGAACAACACCAACGCCCCCACCUUCCCCGUGGCGGCCUGCACGGACCACAAGGCUCUCGAGCCGGGCCUGCACACAUGCCAGCAGGUGGCGGCGUUCGGCUACGGGUGGAGCCGCAUGGGCUACUCAAAGACCUUCCGCAUCAACCCCGCUCUCUACUGCGACCACCUGCUGCCCGGUGCAGCUGGGUGGGACGACUCUGUUCUCGACAGGGUGAGCGCGUUUGGCUUGCACGUGAAAGCUAAGUCUUUCUGA